AUGAGCUCCCAGGGGGCCAAAUCUGCCCGAAAUGCUAAACCCACAACCCAAACUCCACAAUCCAGCUCGAGAUCUUCCUCCCUCGCCGCCCACAUGGCCAUGGUGGAGCUCAAACAGCGAAUCCUCACUUCCCUCUCCAAGCUCGCUGACAGGGACACGCAUCAGAUCGCGCUCGAUGACCUCUACUCAAUCAACGAUACGCUCUCCCAUGAAGCGCUGCCAAUGCUCCUCAAUUCCCUCUACGACACCUUGUCCGAGCAGUCCACUGCCAAACCCUCCGUCAAGAAAGAGUCCGUGAACUUGCUCGCCCUCGUUUGCCUGUCCCACCGGGAAUUGACGCUCCCCCAUUUGGCCAAAAUAAUUACCCACAUUGUCAAGAGGCUUAAAGAUUCCGAUUCGGGGGUCAGGGAUGCUUGCCGCGAUGCUAUUGGUGCUUUGUCCGGGUUGUAUCUCAAGGGCGGCGGAGAAGGUGGUGGUGGCGAGGGGAAUCAUGGCGGCGGCGGGGGGCAUGUGGUGGGGCUGUUCGUCAGGCCGCUGUUCGAGGCUAUGGGAGAGCAGAACAAAGUCGUGCAGGCGGGCGCUUCUUCUUGUAUGGCGAAAAUGAUUGAGUGCGCUGCUGGGUUGGACAAGGAGGGUUCUGGUGGUGGUGGUGGUGCUCCGGUAGCCGCUUUUCAGAAGCUUUCUUCCAGGAUUUGUAAGCUGCUCAAUGGACAGAAUUUCCAGGCGAAAGCAGCUCUGUUGGGUGUUGUGGCCAGCUUGUCCCAGGUGGGGGCAGUUGCCCCACAAAGCUUGGGACCAUUGCUGCAGAGUAUUCAUGACUGCCUUAGCAGUACAGAUUGGCCAACACGCAAGGCUGGAGCUGAUGCUUUAACUGCCUUAGCAGUCCAUUCAUGCAGCUUAGUUUCAGCUGAAGUUGCUGAUUCUACAUUCACGGCACUUGAGGCUUGCCGCUUUGAUAAGAUAAAACCUGUUAGAGAUAGCAUGAAUGAGGCAUUGCAAUUGUGGAAGAAGAUUGCCGGGAAAGGAGGCGACGGAGUUUCAGAUGACCAAAAAGCUUCCUCUCCAGGUGGUGAAAAUCAAGAAAAUGCUGAAUUUACAGAAAAAGGUCCAAAUGCUAGGGACAGAAGGGUAGAGUCCUCUGCGAUAGAUCCACCUAAUGGCUCUCCCCUAGGUACAGGUUCUGCUGCAAAGGCCCAAUCUGGAAACAUGCCAGAUAAGGCAGUUGUAAUAUUGAAGAAGAGAGCACCUGCUCUGACGGAAAAACCGAACCCAGAAUUCUUCAACAAACUAGAAACAAGGGGUGAUGAUGAGUUGCCUGUUGAAGUUGUUGUUCCUCGUAGGUGCAUUAAUUCUUCUAAUCUAAACAAUGAGGAGGAACCAGUAUCAAAUAAUGCAGAACAGAAGGGAAGAUCAGAUCCCUCAGCAAACAGCAGGUCCGAUGAGCCGUAUUUCAAUAAUAGAUACCGCACCAAUGAUAGAGGAAUUAUGGGGAGAGAUCCCAAAAGCCGAGCGUUUGAUGAUGAACGGAGUGAUUACAACAAUAGGGGGGAGACAGUCGGAAAUCGCGCUGCAGGUCUCUCCAAAACUGAUGGACAAUCGGAAGGAUCCUUGGCAAAUAGUAGAGGGAAUUGGUUGGCAAUUCAGAGGCAGUUACUGCAACUAGAAAGACAACAGACGCAUCUUAUGCAUAUGCUUCAGGAUUUUAUGGGUGGAUCCCAUGAUAGCAUGGUGACCUUGGAAAACAGAGUUCGAGGUCUUGAGAGAGUUGUGGAAGACAUGGCCCGAGAUCUGUCUAUGUCCUCUGCUCCUAGGAGAGGUGGUACUAACUUUUCCAUGGCUUUUGAGGGUUCAUCUUCUAAUCGAUCAUUGGGAAAAUACAAUGGUUUUUCAGAUUAUUCUAGUGUGAAGUAUAAUGGUCGGGCUCCAUUUGAGGACAGAUUUGUGCAAUCUGAUGUUAAUUCUUCAGCUGCAAGGGGGAGGAAUCCUCACUGGAGAGCAGACACAUCUGAUACUUGGGAUUUCCCCUCGUAUAAUUCUAGAAAUGGUCAGGUUGGCUCAAGGAGGGCUCCAGGUGGUGGUGGUUCUCUAGGGUCACCAAAAUCUGAGCAUGAAAAUGAUCAAGUUGGCAGCAGCAGGAGAGGUUGGGAUAAGGGUGGUGGUGGGCCCUCUCGGCUUGGUGAGGGGCCCUCUGCUAGAAGUGUUUGGCAGGCAUCCAAAGAUGAAGCUACUUUGAAAGCCAUCCGUGUUGCUGGGGAAGACAAUGGACCGUUAUCACGGACUGCCAGGGUGGCCAUUCCUGAAUUGACUGCAGAAGCCAUGGGAGAUGACAACGGUGUUGAGCAAGAGCGGGACCCUGUUUGGACUUCAUGGAGUAAUGCAAUGGACGCCCUUAAAGUUGGUGACCUGGAUACGGCUUAUGCUGAAGUCACUUCCACUGGAGAUGAUCUGUUGCUUGUGAAGAUUAUGGACAUGACAGGGCCUGUGGUUGACCAACUCACGGAUGAAACAGCAUGUGAUGUCUUUCAUGCUAUCGCUCAGUUCUUGCUGGAUCACAACUUGUUUGACCUCUGUUUCUCUUGGAUUCACCAGUUGGUAGACAUAGUUAUGGAGAAUGGAGCAGAUGUUAUGGGGAUUCCCAUGGAUUUGAAGAGGGAGCUUUUGUUGAACUUACACGAGGCUUCCACGGGAAUAGAUCUGCCCGAGGAUUGGGAAGGCAUCGGUCCUGACCAACUUCUGCUGCAGUUAGCAGCAGCUUGGGGCAUUGAACUGCAACAGUUUGACAAGUGA